AUGGUUUUCACUUUUCUAUAUCUAGUUCACAUAUCCUGGAGUGACUGGUCUGCAUGGUCCGACUGUUCUCAGUCAUGUGACAGAGGCAGAAGAAGUAGACACAGGUUAUGUAAUGUACCUCCGCCUUUAACUGAUGGCAUUUGUAUUGGUGGCGAUACAGAAACAGAGGAGUGCGUCAUUCGCGAGUUUUGUCCAUUGGAUGGUCAAUGGACUUUGUGGUCGACAUGGAGCACCUGUUCUGGGUCCUGUGGUGACGGCGUGGAGACCAGAAACCGAUCCUGCUCCGAUCCAGCUCCUGCUUAUGGUGGAAAAGUGUGCCCGGGAUAUGACAUUGAAACAAACCCAUGCAACUUGCAGCAAUGUGUCAAAUAUGACUGCAGUGAUGUGUUAAAACUGGGCCUGUCACGCGGUUCGGGUGUGUACAGAAUCACGCCCUGGAACACGCACAAGGAAGUGGAUGUUUACUGCGAUAUGGACACCGAUGGUGGUGGGUGGACGGUGUUUCAAAGACGAUUCGAUGGGUCUAUUGAAUUCAACAGGAGUUUUGUGGAGUACGAGCAGGGUUUUGGCUCACUGGAUGGUGAAUUUUGGAUGGGUCUGGGUCUUCUUUACUCCAUAACAAGCCGAGCUAAGAUGACCUUACGUAUGGACAUGAGUUCAUCAAAAGGAACAACUGGAUUCGACGAGUACUCGGGUUUUUAUAUUUCUCCACCAGACCAAUACAACUUCAACGUUGAUAGGAGGAUCAACUCAGCAGGAAUGUCCGGUUCCUAUCUGCUCUCUAACACCGGUGAUUAUGGUGAUAUCAACCACCAGCCAUUUUCAACAUACGAUAGGGACGUGGACUGUGCCCGAACCUGGGGAGGAGGCUGGUGGUACAAUAGAUGCACGUACAGUAGCCUGAAUGCACGGAACAAUCGCAGAAUAAUUUGGUUACAUCCAUGCGUUGUUGUGGUGUCGUUGCUGCUAGCAACCUGUGAAGCAGACAGGUUGGGACGAUUGGAGCGUCAUAUGACACUGUUGAAAGCCUUUCAGUCCUACGUUGAGGUGAGAUUGGAUACAAUUGAAGGAGACUUUGGUGCAUUAACCGAAAGAGUGUCAACUCUUGAAUCAAUAGUUAAAACCUCCGAAAACGAUACUGGAGGGACUGACAACCUAAAGAAUGGACAUACGAAAGGGACAAUAAAUACACAAUCUGAUUUUAACGAUAUCAAAACUUCUCUCCAUAUGUAUAAGCAUUCGUUUCAAAAACAUAAAAAGGAACUAAUCAAUGUCAAAUAUGAUGUGAAAGACUCAUUUUCGGUGUUUCUGUCGAAUGCAUCCAAAACUGUUGACACAUUAGUGAACACUGUCAUUACCCAUGUAAGAAACUGCAAUGAAAAUAUAUCAGCUUCUUUGGAAAAGAACAUCUAUGUAACACGGGCACGUGUCCAAAACGAAACGAUUCAGCUAGAAAAGAAGGUUGAAGAGCUAAUAUGCAGAGCAAAUGAAGUUGUUGGCAUCAUUGAUGAACAGAGAUCUACAAUAGAAGACGGCAUUAUGGUCACCAUCAGGGGGCUUCACAUAUCCUGGAGUGACUGGUCUGCAUGGUCGGACUGUUCUAAGACAUGUGACAAGGGCAUAAGAAGUAGACACAGGUCAUGUAAUGUACCUGCGACUUUAAAUGAUGGCCUUUGUAUCGGAAAUGAUACAGAUACAGAGGAAUGCGUCAAUUACGAAUAUUGUCUAUAUGACUGUAGCGAUGUGUUAAAACGAGGCUGGUCGCGUGGUUCGGGUGUGUACAAAAUAUGGCUAUGGAAUACGGACAGGAUUGUGGAUGUUUACUGCGACAUGGAUACCGAGGGUGGUGGGUGGACGGGAGGCUCUAAACAGGUAUGUCUGUUAACUAUACUCCAAAAACCAAAUAUGACUAACAAUCGUAUCGGAACCCACGCCGAAUGGGCCUUUCCCGAGAGCGAGUUGAAUAAAGACACACCCACCCCUAUAGCCCUGGAACACGCAUAG